GUAAAGUAUGUUUUUUUUCUUUGAAGCAAGUAAGAUGGGAGAGAUUCUUCAUCUAGUUUGAGUAGUCAUGCUUUCAAGUUACUUGGAGGUGGUCACAUAUGAAUCUUCGUAUAAACUUGUAUUCUCUCUCAUUUAAAAGAAAAGAUGAAAGAAGAGAAUUAGCUCAUUAAUUAUUUAAAAUACUCGGUGCAACUGUUCCUUAUGAAUUAAUCCAGGCACUUGGAAGACAAUUAUACUCAGUGUUAAUAACUCUGCCAACCUUUUCCAGUGUGCUGCACUCCAAAUACUAUUGUGUUUCCAUUGACAACAUUCACUAUUACAUAUGCAUAUGAAAAGAGGUAUUUUCAUCGGAACUGCCGUAAUAGCAUUAAGAGAUUAUUAUUUUUUCCAAUUUCUUUGGAAGAAAAUACACUUAAAUUAGAUUAUUUAUAACUUGACUGCUCUCCUAUCGUGCCUGUACAUUUAGGGAACUGGAAUCCAUGAAAGUAUAAACUAAAGAAUAAAAAAGCAUGAUUUUAUACAUUAAUGAUUUCAAAUAAAAGAGGAGUGCUAGUUUGUGCAUCACUUCCUUCGAGAAAGUUAAGUCUGUGCUCUGCUUAGGAGAGAUAACACUUUUUGUCCCUGUAGGUGGCCCCCCUGGUGUAGCCAUUAGUUGCUAAUUACUUGCAAACAAAUAAACAAUUAACUCCUGGAGCUGCUGGCUAGGCCAGUGUUCAUUGACAUGCUAAAACUUUCUAAGACAGGAUUUUAAUUAGUGACGUUCUAAAUCCAGCCCCCUUGUCGGCAGAGCCUUAAGGUGAACUGCAGGAAGGCCCAGCCCUGUACACGUGGGGCAGAGCCAGCCCAGGAGGUGCCGAGAGGCCAGAGCUGUAGCUCUCUGCAGCCCACGCGGGGAUGUCUCCCAGCCUUCAGGAAGGUGCUCGGCUUGCCGAAAGCAAACCCUCACCCUGCUCCUUUUCGAUUGAGAGCAUCUUAGGAUUGGACCAGAAGAAAGACUAUGUUCCAUCAACGAAACCCCACAGGCCCUGGGCAGAUACCUGCAGCUCUUCAGGGAAAGAUGUUAACUUUUGUCUACACGUCCCGAGUCUUCCUGAUGGAAUCUCAUUACCUUGUACUGUGGAUCACUCAGUGCCAGAAGAAGGAGUUUUGAAAUGUGAAAAUUACUGUUCAGCCUCAGAAAGACUUUCUUUGAAAAGAGAAUUGAGUUGGUAUAGAGGCCGAAGACCCAGAACUGCUUUUACGCAAAACCAGAUUGAAAUGUUGGAAAAUGUCUUUAGAGUAAACUGCUAUCCUGGCAUUGAUAUCAGAGAAGACUUAGCCCGAAAAUUGAAUCUAGAAGAGGAUAGAAUCCAGAUAUGGUUCCAAAAUCGGCGUGCAAAGCUGAAAAGAUCCCAUCGAGAAUCUCAAUUUCUAAUGGCAAAAAAAAGUUUCAACACAGAUCUCCUGGAAUAGAUAGAAAACUAAACAUUUGAAAUUAUCUUCUAAUUGCAGAAUGUGAAGAAUCAAUGGAAAUAUCCAGUGUUAAAAAUGUGAUGUUUUCUUUUCUGUGUUUAAUCUGAAUAAUGUCAUUUUUUUUCAGAAAAUAUAUUGUAAAUAAUUACUAUUAUUAUAACAUGGUACCUGUUAUACUUGGGCACUUUUAGUUACAAUAAAGGCCUUUCCUGUAUAUUUUAAUAAACAUUUUCAGAAAAAGCCAGCUAUUUUUUGUAAGCAAAUUUAAUCUAAUAGAUUAGUUUGCUAAAAUCAGUACAUUCAUGACUAACUGACCCCACAGGCUGGAUUCCAUUUAUAAAGUAAUUCAAGUCAAAUAAUCUGAAGAAUGGCACAAAGAUGUGAUUUGUUUCAGUAAGUUUACUUCAAGUGCAUUUUGAAAACAUGAUUAUACUUAAAUAUAGUACGGAGUAGGAUUUAUUAAUUAAUCUUUUGUUUUUCUUCAUUUCUGGCAGAAAGCAGUGAGAAUUUUUCACUGCAUAUCAAUACAAACCCUUAUAGCAUUCUAGUUUCAAGUUUUAGUGUUUUUUUAAAAAGC